GUGACGUUUCGUGUUGGGGUCCCGGAUGUAGUUGCGCAUUCCCUGAGUUACUGUUGCUGGCGUUUUCUUCGGGAGCGACCCCGCGCCGGCCGCAUCCACGUUCCUCUGACGCCCUCCCAUCUCCUCUGGCCUGAGGCUCUGAGUUCUACUCUCCUUCUCUCCCCUAGCUGUGCUCUGAUCCACUUUUACAAGAUGAGCACCACCAAUGUGGAUGAUGCUAAACCAGAAGAUGUUAAACAAGAAUCUGAGAAAAAGAUAUUUUAUUGUGAGGUUUGUAAAGUUCCAUGUAUGAGUUCUAUAAGCCUUCAGUCACACUUCCGUGGAGCAAAACAUAAAAAGAAAGAGAGAGCCAUGAAUGCUUAUCGUGCUCCCGCUCCAGUGAUAUAUGAAACACAGAGACCAGUUAAGCGGAAGCUUACAAAGGACAUAACCUGUCUGAAAGAUUUUAUGAAAGAUCCCAAAAGAGAGGAACCUCUAGUUGGUUUAGAACAUGUGGUCGAAAUCAGAUUUGAAGGGAGGAGAGAGCCACAUUAUGAAUGCAAACUGUGUGAAUUUAACACGGAGAUGGCACCUAUGAUAGAACAUCUCAGUGGCUAUAAACACAGAAGAGCAUAUAUUUCUAAAGAAUUUCCAGAUAAAAUGAAGAAAAACACACCAGGUGUGAAAGAGGACAAAGUCUCAUUUCUCAGACGGAUAGCGAGAGAGAUAGAAAAGGCUGAAGGUUUGAAAAUGUAUAAGACUGAAGGUUAUACAAGACCCAGUAUAUCUUCCUCAUCAUCAAAGAAAAAAUCAAGGUGGGAAGAUGAUUACAAGCCUGAGAAUGAUCCAGUUCGAAAGCAGAAAGCCCUAGAAUACUUGGAAUCUUUUCGGGUCACCUCAGACACAGAAGCAACUCUGGUAGUUAGUAUUACACAAGAGCUGACCGAAGCUUUGAAGACCUUUUGUAAAAAGAAAGCAGCUGUCAAUUAUGCCAGCAGCCUGAGGCCAUUGAUGUCAAUAUCUCAAGAUGAGCUUUCAGCAGGAAAAAACAUCCCAAAACCAUACAAGCCUUAUGAAAAUUACAAAGGCAAUUCAGGAAAUACUAAUUGGAAUCAAGAUUUUUCAUCUCAAAGACCUGAACAGGAACAAUUUACAUCACAAUUGGAUGCAAACACUUCAUUCACCACUGCCAGUUCAUAUAGUUACCAAACAGGUGAUGGAUCAUCCUCAUAUGGACUAAAACCUAAUGAUUCUGCAACAAUGGCUGCACUCAGUAAUUCAUUUGCCCUUCAGACGGGAGGCUUUGCUACUGGGAUCAAUGAAUGGCUGAAGCAAUUCAACCAAUCUGCUUCUGUAUCCUCCCAGUCCACUUCAGUUGGAGGCACCUCUCCCUACUUCACAUAUUCAGGGAGUGGGUAUUCAACAGAAUACAAGUCUAAUAGUGCCCAAGGAAACAAAACUACGGCACCUGAUAACAGAAUGGCUUAUGGUGUUGGAGGUACAAAUUGGAAGAGUCAAAGAGCAUUUCCAAAUACAAGGAAUUUACCUGACCAGAGAUCAUCCUAUUCUGCUUCCUCUGCUACAUAUCCUUCAUCUGGAGGAUAUUCGACAAACUACCCUUUACAAGGCUGUUCAUCUUACUACAGAGGUGGGUCUUCAAAUUCCACUUCUUCAUCAAGAGGUGGUUCUAGUUGGUCAGAAGAAUCAAGAUAUCAGAAAUCAAAUUUCAAGACUGAUUCGGCCUCAUUUCGUUCCUCCUCUUCUGUCCACAAUUCAUACAAAGAUUACCAACAACAAAACAGAGAGUCAGAUAAGAUGUUUGAUGAAGAUGCCAGUGGUCUUACUCCCAACAUUCUGCAUAGACUUCAAGGAAAGGAUGUACCUACAAUGACCAGAAUGCUCAAGCAGCUGACUCCAUAUUAUCCAGCACUUCAAAAAAUCAACAUUGAAACAUUAGUCAAAGCAUUAAUUAAAACUAGAGAAAUAAAUUAAGAAGAUAAAACAGCUGAAUUGGAACUGAUGAACAGAACACUGAAGAAUCUUCACUUCAAGUUUUUAGGAAACAAACUCAACAAUUUAGUUUUGGAUGUGUUUUUUUGGUUUUGUUUGUUUUUUGUGGAAGGGGGAUAGGGUUUAUGUUUUUAGUACAGUAAAAAUGUAGUUGGAGCACAAAUUAUUGUCAUGGAGAUGAAUAUACUGUUCAGGUAUUUUUAUGCAUUUGUUAAAUAUUUUUAGUAGAUUGCACUGGAAACUCUUGGUUUUUGAGGGGCUGGUUAAUAUUAAUCACCCUUUUCCAAAAAGUUUUUGUAUGUUACAAUCCAUUUAGGAAGAAUAUUCACUGAAAAUAGAGUUCCAUUGCAUGAAAAAUACAGAAAUGCAUUACUUCACAUAUAAACCAAUGGCCAGUUCUUCUACUUUUAGACUUUUUAAUGAGUUAGGAUACUUCUUAGAAGUGACUAUACUGAAUUUCUUUUUGGAACACAUUAAAAUGAGGGGCCCUAAACAAAAUGUUUCUCCUCCUGUGGACUUAAAAUGUGCUCUUAAAUAAUAAAAUGCAAACACUUGUUAGUGGAAAAACUUAACCAAUUUUAUUUUUAAAUUGUAAAAAUGCACACAAAUAUGGAAAUACAACCAGAAUUCUAUUGUGUAGAAUAGCAUUCUGCAUUUUCAGUUUUUAUUUGUAAAAAUAAUAAUCAGGGCAUUUUGCAGUGUUUAUUUUCCAAACAUUAAAACCAGAAUGAAAUUGGGUUAAAAUUUAAAAAAUAGAAAAAUUGGGGGGGAGCAAAAAACCCUUUUGUAAUAUACACAUUUUACUACAGUAUAAACUUUUUUUUAAUGUACAAAGGGAUAUUUUGUGUGUCUCAGAGCUAGUAGUUUUUCCAGGUAUCCUGGUUUGCAUAUGCUCGCAUCAUUUUCUCCUAAGUAUGCUCACUCAUAUUGAGCCUCUUGCUGUCUUGGAGGUAAUCCAACUUUGAAAAUGUGCACUCUGCAUCAAUAAAUCCAGGGGGUACACUCAAAGCUCGCAGUGCUACUUUGCUGAAGUUGGGAAGUAUGUCUUGAUGACUGUUCCAAAAAGCCCAUACAUUCAGUUUUGCAUUGUCAGGAUUAGGCAAGUUCAUGUAAGCAGUAAAUUCCCCUUUCAGAUUUGAAAUCUUAUCUUUAGUGGCAAAUGGUUCAAAGGCUCUGGCAUAAUGGUCAUAGUUUGCUGCAAAAUUCACCUUGAGGAAGGGGUGCAACACCUGGAUGACAUUCCAAAAAGAAUCUUCGGCACCAAACACUUUGGGGUUCAGAUUAUGGGUCAUGGGCGUCUCCCAUCUCUCACUGAGUAUUGUGUUGACGGUUUUGAAUGCUUUUUGGUUUUCUUGUGUUCUGGGGUCCGAAGGAUUUCCAGAAAUGGCUGAGUUUUCUCAUCAUAUGUUUCUCCUGCACCUUUUGUGUUCGGUUUAGCUGAGAUUUUGGUUGUCUGGAUCCAGUAAACCUCUGUAUUGGCAGUAGUCUGAGAAACAAGGAAAACACUGGAAUUAUCACACAAUGAUUCCAAGUUUUCAACAGUGAACAUUAUCUUGGUGAGCAGAAUCUGGUAGUCAUUCUGGUUAUUUGCCAGUCUCUUCAGAGUUUCUGCUUUAGAACCAUUAAACUCGGGAUGAUCUAGAGAUGCAUUAGCACAAUCCACGCAUUAUUUAUAUGACCGGCAGUGAAGUACAAGCUCUUCCACCAUUGUGGCACAACGGGGUAGAUAAUCAGCAGUCAGCUCUGCACUCAUCUUGCACUGUGUAAAACAAAACCUUCAGCUUGUCUGCAUGCUUGAAAAUGGCCCCGAAUCCAGUGAUGGAAGAUUUCAACUCUUUCAUUUCUUCUGUAGCAGUGGCUGCUUACAGCGCAACAUUAAUCAGAUGAACAGGACAGGUAAUAUGUCGCAGCUCCGGUUUUUGAGUGAGUUUAAUCUCCCAUGCAAACGUAACCAUCUAGGAAGCAGAAUCUGUGUUAGUUGUGGCAAGUUUUCCCAAGUUAGUUGGUACGUAUCAAACAUGUCAGUUAUUGCUGCGUCGACAAAAUGGGUGACACGGUCACCAAUAGGCCCUUCUGCAAUUAACUAAUUGUCCAGCAAAACAAAGAGCACACACACACUCAUUGACACAAUCGUACUUCGUUCUCUUUCAUUAAUGCGCUAGUGAAAGCUCCUGAUACUGACUGUUUAUCCCAAAGCUCACCACCUUCUUCAAGCUUCUUGUGUUGCUUGCUUUCGACAUACUCCUUUAUUCUGUCAGCGUGAACACUAACCUCAGUGCUGCAGUACUCGCAGCGUAAUGCAUCCUCUUCACUCCCCUCUUUACUUUUCUUGAAAAUUUCUAAGCAUUGAUUUUUCCUACUGGUUUUCAGGCAUAGAUUUGCGUUUUCACCCCAUGUUUCCCUUUUUACUUUAUCUUUAUCUGUGAAGGAUUGAUUGUUUAAAUUCAGCGCCACACUAAACAGAUGCAAAGAAAUAGGUGGGCAGUGUCUCCUUGUGAGCCAAUAAUAAUGUGUUAUUAACGUUGUCAGUUUUUCCGAUCUCUACCGUGUGCGUGUUCUGUUUUACACUUCGGAAUUGCUUUAAUCUCAGCGCUGCAGGACACAACAAUCGUGUAGUGUUAGUGUUUAACAAAGUAAGUACCCCCCAAAAAUAGAGUGGAUUGAUAAAUGGGUGUAAAUCAGUAAAAACUGAACUACUCUUUAAUUUAAAAAAAAAUGGUAAUGGUGAAAAUCGGUAAAAACUGAAAACACAGAACAGCAAGAAUGAGACAAUUACAAAUCAUCAUGAGGCCUAGAACAACUUACUUAAGUCAGCACCAGCCAUGUUAAGACAGGCUUCAGAGUAGCAGCCGUGUUAGUCAAGACAAUUGGUGAUUCACACCAGAAUAGAAAUUCUUCCUUCGUUUCAUUAUCAAAAACAAACUAGGAAAUAUUGGAACCUGUGUGAAAUCCAAUAUAAGUAUUGGGGUAAAGUUCAAAUAUAAAAAAAAAUCACAAACUUAAUUUUUAAGUGAACGCUUUUCAAUUCAUAAUUACAUUGAGGUUCUGAUUUCUCUCCCUCCCCUCCUGCGGUGCCGAAAUCCAACUUCAUUAAGAGUUAUGAAUGCACAGUACCUUUUUUUUUUUUUUUUUUAAAGCCAGGCUCUAGGUGUCUAAUUAUAAAUUAUGAGCAAAGUUUUAUCAAGUCUAACAUGAGAUUAAAGAUCUUAGAUACAGAAUUAAAAAGGGACUAGGACAGCUAAUUAUAAAGAUACGUUCUGUUCAGUGCCUUUGAGGAAAUUGUAUUCUGUGUUGUAAUGCAGACAAUGUAAAUUUUCUUUACUCCUCACCCACUUUUGUGAUGCAUUUCACUUUCUGCAUUAAAUCCCAGUGGUGCUGCAAAACCAUCGCUAGCUUCAUCCUAGGUUUGCAUGAGAUGUCAUAUUGCUUCCCACUAAUAUCUUUUAUACUCAAUUAUAGAAUAUUGUACAGUUUUG